AAGUCAGCUACCAACCCAAUGAGGGAACUCAAGUUAGAAAAGCUCUGUCUCAACAUUUCCGUUGGUGAAUCUGGAGAUAGACUUACUCGUGCCUCUAAGGUUUUAGAACAAUUAACUGGUCAAGUUCCAGUUAUGUCUAAGGCUCGUUACACUGUCCGUACUUUCGGUAUCAGACGUAAUGAAAAGAUCGCUGUCCACUGUACCGUUCGUGGUCCAAAGGCUGAAGAAAUUCUCGACAGAGGUUUAAAGGUUAAGGAAUACGAAUUAAAGAGAUCCAACUUCUCUGAAACCGGUAACUUCGGUUUCGGUAUCCAAGAACACAUCGAUUUAGGUAUUAAGUACGAUCCAAGUAUCGGUAUUUACGGUAUGGAUUUCUACGUUGUUAUGGGUAGACCAGGUUUCAGAGUUGCCAGAAGAAAGCAACAAUCCGCCAAGGUUGGUUUCCCACACCGUAACACCAAGGAAGAAACCAUCAACUGGUUCAAGAAG